CCGCACUUUGACAGCUCACAGUUUACUGAGCAGGAUCUCCUCCGUGCUCCUCCUGCUGCUCCUCUCUCUGCGCUCCUCUCACGUUAAACUCCCGGUGAGUCUCCGCGCGCCUCCCGCAGCAGCAGCAGCAGCAACAGUCUCCCCCUGCGCACGUGUGCAGCUGUCUGACCCCCCUCUCACCUGAGGAACCUGACAGCGGACCCUACUUUCUCCAAACUGGAUUCCCGGAGCUCCUCGCCAUGCAUGCCCGGGUUUAGAUUCUCCAUGGAGCUGUCUAACCUGUACGAGGCUCCCCGGCCCCUGCUGAGCAGCCUCCCCCACGGCCAGCAGCCCUCCUCCGGCUACAGAGACCCGGCAGAGCUCGGUGGAGACAUCGGAGACAACGAGACUUCCAUCGACCUGAGCGCGUACAUCGACCCGUCGGCCUUUAACGACGACUUCCUGGCCGACCUGUUCCACCACAGCUCCAGACAGGACAAGCUGAAGAUGAUGAGCGGGGACUACGACCCGGUGCAGGUCGGCCCGGGACCCCCGGUGCAGUGUGGCCCGGGACCCCCGGUGCAGUGCGGCCCGGGGCCCCAGCAGCACUACAUGUCCAACUACAUGGAGUCCAAGCUGGAGCCGAUGUACGACCACAACCCGCCGCGGAUCCGACCUGUUGCCAUCAAGCAGGAGCCCCGGGACGACGAGGACCUGAGCCCGGCCAUGCCCCCCACCUACCACCACCCGCAGCAGUACAGCCAGCACCCCCCCCAGCAGCAGAUGCCCCACCUGCAAUACCAGAUCGCUCACUGCGCUCAGACCACCAUGCACCUCCAGCCGGGCCACCCGACCCCCCCUCCCACCCCGGUGCCGAGCCCGCACCAGCACCACCACUCGCACCAGGGCGGGAUGAAGCUGCUGGAGCACCGAGGGGGGGGCAAAUCCAAAAAACACGUCGAUAAGAGCAGCCCGGAGUAUCGGCUCCGGCGCGAGCGCAACAACGUGGCCGUGCGUAAGAGCAGGGACAAGGCCAAGAUGCGCAACAUGGAGACGCAGCAGAAGGUGGUGGAGCUCAGCAACGACAACGACAGACUGAGGAGGAGAGUGGAGCACCUGACCCGAGAGCUGGACACGUUACGAGGCAUCUUCAGACAGCUGCCGGACGGAUCCUUCAAACCGAUGGGCAGCUGAGAGCCUGCGGGGCGGGACUGGACCCGGUGCGGGACCGGACCCGGUGCGGGAUCGGACCUGCAGCGGGACUGGACCACUGCUGGAUUUACUCACUAAAGGCUCCAUGUGUGCAGACGGACUGAGAGCUGACAGGAGACUGAGGCAGCUGAUCUGUUCACUGCAAAAAUCUUCGUCUAAACUCAGUUUUUUAUUUUAGUCUUUAAAUCCUGAAACUUGAAUUUUGUCUCCUGCAAAAAAAAAAAGAAAAGAAAAGAAAAAAAGAUCCGCAAAAGUUUCUCAGAUCAAACUUUUUUUUUUCACCUUCAGACUUUAAAUGAGAAACUUUGCAGCUGUGGAGAGAAAACGUCUCUUUGAAUCUAGAACAUUGUAGUUUACUGUUCGCGGAGAGACAGGUGAACUCUGACCAAUCAGCGCAUCGGAUCAUUGAGACAAACUUCAGCCUCUCAGGUUAAAGACAGACUGGUUCAGACUGACUGUUUUUGCAGUGUUCACGUGCCUUUAUGAACUUUAUUAUUUGUUGUGUGCAAAAAGCCGAUAAGCUCGUUCCUGCAGGCCACGCGCACAGAGGACUGGUUGUUUUAGUGCCUUACUUCCGUACAGACUGUGUGUCUCUCACACUCUACUCACAUAUCAGUGCAGCUAAGGUAGGGCAUGGUGGGACGAUCCACACCAGCCUGUCGUGCAUGUUUUUCUCUCCUUAUUUUUGUUGGUUUUAUACAUCCUCUAUAUGCUCCUGAUGAACUAGAACGUGUCUUUAUAGAGCUAUGAAAUGCAAAGUGCACUCUGCUUGCAUGUAGGCUAAACCUGUAUGUUCAUGUAUGUAUUUUACUUUUCUUCCUGCAGACAGUGUGUUUUAAAGGCUGGUGCGCGUCACAGGUUCGAUAUCUGUCCGAUCACGUCACACACACUUGUUGUUUUUUUCCUCCCAGUGACUCAAAUCUGUAGAAAAUGUUUUUAAUCCUGAAAUCUUUAAAUAAUAAUAAUAAUCUGGAGUGUUUCACAUCUCAGUCUGCUGCAGAGUUUUUGGUCAAAUUUAACUAUUUAUUCACCGAAACACCAGAAUUAUAAUAUCUGCAUGUAGCUGCCGUCAGAUGAAACCUCGUAUCUCCACUCAGAGCAGCUCAACACUUUUAUAAACUCACAAAAAAAUAAUCAUCUCAUAUAUUUAACUGGUGAUGUUUCCUGAUCAAACUGGCGGGUUUUUCUCUCUUUUAGUUCCCUAAACGUUUAACAGUUAAAGAUGCAUGUUCCCCAGCAGCAGCAGCGCGGCUCUGUGAACAUUAUUAUUAUUAUUAAUGCCAAAGUGAUAAAUGCCAACACACAUGAAACCAGACUGGAAAUGAAACUGUGGUACCUGCUUCACCUCCGAGCUCCACAAACCUGCAGGAAGUUUGAUUUUAAGGUUUUUUAAGCGUUUUUUGGAUGAAAGUUAGCAGGUUUGGAGAUGUGAGCGUUUCAGAGGACGGCGGAGGUGAAGCAGCUCUCUCUCUCUCUCUUUUUACAUAUGUAUGCACUAUUUGUUGUCAAAAAUAUGAAGCACAUUGGUGUUUGUGGCUCACACACAUGGGUACUGAUCUACAACGUUAACAUGAAAACAACAUACGAGGAUUUCAUCUGGAAAUGAUUCAGAAAAAAACAAACAAACAAAAUGUGAAAAGGGUUUCUAUGCAACACGUCUCUUCCUCUUUUCCACUGUUGAAUCAUCCACACACACACACACACACACACACACUGAGUGCCUUCUGGUCCUCUCCGAUGACCUUUGACCUCUUGCUGAUCUGCUCCUUUUCGUCUGUUUUGAGGUUGUUGUUGUUUUUUAAAGACGAUGAUUUGUGUCAGCGAGGAAGAAGGAAGCACUUUUCUUUGUUUUUCUUUGUUUCCAUUUUUUGUUUUAAACUCUGACAUUUGUUUCAAAGUUAACAUCCCAAUUGUAAAAUAAACAUAUAUAUAUAAAUAUAAAUAUAUAUAUAUAUAAAUAAAUAUAUGAAUUAAAUACCAAAAUAUGAGAUUUCUUAUAAUAAAAGAACUUGUUUUUAUCAGA